AUGGAACCUGCGAUAGAGAAUAAACAUUCUGCACCUGGUUUAGAUGACAUAAAACUUCAGCUGCUUCAGUUGCAGUGCAUAAUAGAUGCAAAAGAUCGUGAGAUACAGUUGCUAAGGAAACAGCUUUCCAGCCCAGAGCUGCACCCGGUCAGCCCCACUUCCGGUAUGACUGUGGACCCAGCCGCUCUUGUUGAGAAGUUGAGGGCCGUUGUUAAUGGCUUGGUGGCAGAGGCGCUCGCGUCACAGCUGCGUGCCGUAGGUCUAUCGCCUCCGGGGCCUUUCUUCCCUCCACAAGCACAGCCACAGCCGCAGCAGGCCCAGGUGUCUCCAAGGGCUGGAACCAUAGGCUCGCCAUUUGGGGUUGGGCAAGCUAAGUCGUCUGCACAUCAGGCCUCUGGGGCUUGCCCACCAGCGCGCCCAGCCGAGCAGUACACGACGAUUGCGCCGUCGCUGCCAACUGCGGCAGCGCCCCCUCCGCCGUCGCAGCCUUCUCCCGUUACCUCGCCGGGCGCCAUGCGUCUGGCUUUGCCGGGUGUCCAAAUCGUUGUGCAGUAUCCUCUGUUGGCACCGAGUAGCGCGUACCAGUCGGCACCAGCAGUGGCGGCAGGUGAGGACACAAUUGCAACACACACCAGCUCCGCCGCCCAUGGUCGGUGGAUGUUUCCCUUCGGCACGAUUGCACCGCCGCCACAGUGCAACCCCAGCGAAACGAUGGAUAUUGCAGAGAUGUGUGCCGGUACGGGGCCCGUGGAGGCGCCUUCUGUGGUGGGCGCUGGCGGUAGGACAGCAGUGGCAACGGCGGCGUCAAUGGGUGGAGGCGGUGGUAGUGGUGGUGGCGGCUCGGUGCCACCAGUGUUGGAGCUGAACAUUGACGGCACGGUCGUACAUGUUGAACGCGCGGUGCUGGAGAUGCAGGCGGCUGGUAGUCAGCUGUACCGUACGCUAAUCCAGGAGUACGGCAAGUUGCCACGGGACUCCUAUGGCAGGCCGUAUUUAUCGUACGACCCGCGCGUGUUUCAGGUGCUCAUGGCCUACCUAAAGCAGCGGCAUUUAUUUGGGAGCGUGGGGGGGGAGUGGGACUGGUCACGCACCGCAAACUCUCUGGGCGUUUCGUACCACUACCUGGCGCAGAUGGCGACGCACUUUGGACUGGCUGACCCACCGACCCAGCCACAUCCUCACAGCGAUUCGCUGCCAGUGGCCGCACAGCAGCAGGUUGGGCAGGCAACGCAAGCAAAUGGCGCUACUGGAGGACCUGCCUCGCGGAACGUGCUCGUAGGUCUGCCCUGGGAGGCGAUACCCAGCGUGCAUGUGGGCACCUCGCUGCAGGGCAUAAGCGGGUCCUGGGGUCUUGCUAGCGCGGGCUGCGACCACGGCUUGCCGCAGCUAACCAGCGUGGCUGAGCAGCCCCGGGCGCAAAUGCGCAGUGGCGGUGAGAGUGGCUGCGACAGCCGGGUGCAGAUGCACAGCGGGGCCGCGGAAGGACAUCUGGCAGCGAUGGCACCGGACGCCGGCGACGCUGCUGCUGCUGCCGCGGAGGGAGCCGGAUGCAGCAACGGCAGCACGGGAGUGCAUGCCAAUGGGUUCACUGUCAAAGGGAAUGGCAUAUGUAGCGGGAGCGUCCAACCAGCGGAAUCUUUCGCGGCCACGUUGCCGCUUCCUCCCUCUCCGUCCUCCUGCCCGCCGGACCAACAGCAACAGCAGCAACAGCUGACGAUGACCCAGCAACCCUCAAGCUCCUCGCCGUCAUCUCGCAUUCCACCGCCACCGCAAAAGAAACCUGCGCCUGCCGCUCCUUCUGCUGGUCCUGCCGCUGCUGCUGCUGGAUUGCCGAAGUGUGAUGCAGCGGUCUUGGGACCUACAAACGGGACAUCGGUCGUGAGUGCAGGGACGGCCGGGUGGGUGCCGCCCUUCCCUGAAGGUGCUACCGCUGCCCCGGCGUUGCUUCGCGAACCCGUGGAUGCGGCUGCAGCUGAGGCGGCGGCGAUGGCGGCGGCCGCAGAGCGGUACCGGGUUCCCAAUUUGUACGAGGUCUUGGCGAAAAAGCAGCGCACCGAGCUGGAGAAUGAGGCCCGGGCAAGCAUGUGA